GUUUGAGUCCCUGCUUCCGUUUCUUGAAAAUCUCGGUAUUCUUUCUAAAUAAAAAGUAAAACUGCAUCUCCAUUCUGCCUAUUUAAUUAAAAAUUAAAACAUACAUCAGAGACCGUCAAAGAUUAAUUAAACAAAAAAGUUUUAUUUUGUCCGAGGUUAUGUUUACGGUUUCUUGAAAUAGGAAACUAAGGAAACAUAACCCCAUUCUUUGGAAUUUGUUUAAAUCAAAACAACCAAGCAAAAUGAUAGUUCCCGAUGAAGUUGUUGUUGAGGCCCUGCUCAAAGACGCCCGCAAAUUCAAAAGCAAGUGGGAAUUACACACCAACGAACCGUCUAGAAAUAAACCUAAUGUGAAGUUUUUGAAAAGGACGUUAUCUAAUGUUGUUAAAACAAAUCAGAACCGAAUGCGAAGACCCAGAGAAGCAGAAAGUGUUGAACGUGAAUUACGUCCUUCUACAAGUAAACAAAGGCAUGAAAAAUCUCAACUAUAUCAGCCUUCAACUAGUUCUAAGAGGUCGCCAAGACAAGUCUCUCCUCCGCGGAAACGCCCAAAAAAAUCGAAAAGUUGUUCAAAAUCAAAAUAUAGGUCCCCUGAACGGAAAAGUAGAUCUAAAUCUGAAAAAAAAUCUUCAAGGAGUUCAUCCAAGUCAAGACGCACACCUAAGCGAUAAUUUUGUCGAUUGUUUUUCCUGUUUUGUUUUGUUGUACCCUCAAAUGGGUUAAAUAAAUUUCUAAUUAAAACAUA